AUGUUCGUUAACAAGUGCCAGCGCGCGUUGAGCGGCCGGACCACGCUCCGACAGCUGCUGAACGGCGCUACAACGUGGAGGAGAUGCUUAACCGGUUCGGUGCCGAGGGAACCAGAAGGGCCGGUACUUACGACGGAAAUGCCGGGCCCUCGAUCGCGCGGCCUGCUGCAGGAAUUGAAUGCGAUACAACAAGCGUCUUCCGUACAAUUCUUCGCAGACUAUGAAAAAUCCGCCGGUAAUUACAUAAUAGACGUUGACGGGAACGUGUUGCUGGACGUUUAUAUGCAAAUCUCAUCAAUGCCCCUAGGGUACAAUCAUCCGGCGAUGUUGGAGGCUCUCGCCGAUCCCGUUAAUCAAAAAAUUAUAGCGAACCGACCUGCGUUAGGCGUCUUUCCAGGAAAAGACUGGCCUAGUAGAUUAAAAAAUGUUCUACUUAAAAAAGAGUUUGCGCCACCCGGAUUGACGCAUAUCACAACGAUGAUGUGCGGCUCUUGUUCCAACGAGAACGCCUUCAAAAAUAUUUUUAUCUGGUACGCCGAGAAACAAAGGCACGGGGCGCCGUUCACGAAGGAAGAGAUAGAAUCGUGUAUGAUGAACCAAAUCCCCGGCUCGCCGCGAUACUCUAUUAUGUCCUUUAAAGGUAGCUUUCAUGGAAGAACCCUAGGUUGCCUCUCGACAACUCACAGCAAGUACAUUCACAAGCUGGAUAUACCUGCCUUCGACUGGCCUAUCGCCUCCUUUCCAGAGUACAAAUAUCCUUUAGAAGAGAACGUGCGAGAGAACAGACAGGAAGAUAAGCGUUGUCUCGCGGAGGUCGAGGAACUAUUCGAGAAGUACAAAAACGAAAAGAAAACACCGGUGGCCGGCGUGAUAAUCGAGCCUAUUCAAUCGGAAGGCGGCGACAAUCACGCGUCGCCGGAAUUCUUUCAGGAGCUUCAACGCGUGACGCGCAAGCACGGAGCCGCGUUACUCAUCGACGAAGUGCAGACCGGUGGUGGACCAACAGGGAAAAUGUGGUGCCACGAGCACUUUAAUUUAGACAGCCCACCCGACGUGAUGACUUUCAGCAAGAAAAUGCAACUGGGCGGUUAUUAUCAUUCGGCUGAUUUGAAACCGAAACAGUCGUAUCGUGUGUUCAAUACUUGGAUGGGCGAUCCCAGCAAAGUGAUAUUGCUCGAGACGGUCCUGAAGACGAUUCAGAAGGAGAAGCUUUUGGAUCGGGUUACGCGCGUCGGCGACUACCUGUUGAAGCACUUGAUGGAUGUACAAAAGGAGCAUUCCAAUGUGAUCAGCGCGGUACGCGGACGUGGGACUUUUAUGGCGUUUAAUUGUCCCUCGCCUGAAAUGCGAGACAACGUCGUCAAGAGACUUCUGGCGAAAGGUAUUCAGACAGGUGGAUGCGGCAACCAGGCCGUGCGGUUGAGACCCGCGUUGACUUUCACGGAGCGUCACGCUGACAUGUUUCUGGAUGCACUUCGUUCUGUGUUAAAACAAUAAGAAGGAUCUUGGCGACUUUCUGUGUCUUCCAAAUGAUACAUCUUCCACUACGGAGUAGUCGGAAAGAUGCAUCGCGUGAUUCAUGAAGUCUAUAAAUAACCAUUAUUUUUCUAUGGCAGUUACAUUAUGAGGAUAGUUUAUGACAAAUGUCGAAUUAAUGACAAUGAAGCAUGACAAACUGAUCGACUUGAUUGUCUUGUACUUCAAUAUACGUCAAUAUACAUUCCAGAAAAUGUGCAAAAUUAUAAUAGGAAAAUAUUCCUUGUACAAAUGUAAAAGUCCGAUUGGCAUUUUUAUUGAGUAUAAAUUCUUACAUUGAUUAUUUAUAUAUAUAAAUAUAUUUCAUAUCUUUUUUAGCAGUAUUUGGUAUAUUUUGGAAAAUAUAGUAUAAAGUGAUGCAUAACGAUAUUAAUUGUUAUAACGUAUAUUAACUUUUAUUAAAUUGUAACAAUUAAUCGUUACAAUUUAUAUUCCGUUUUGUCACUUCUGCCAUUAUUUGCUAUUUGACCUGAUUGACAUGGUCAGAAAAAUUAUUGCACAAUUACAAAAUGUCUUCCAAUAAAAAAAACUGCCAAUAAAAAAUGUUUAAGUCUGGGUCUUGGUUACUAUCAACAAGUUAUCCAAUAUCAUUCAUCUCAUUUCAUUUUUUUGAGUAUUUCAGUAAAAUGUUCGUAUUCUCGAUGAUGACUCUUCUGUAUCAUGUAAGCCUUUGUUCUCAUCUAAAAGAAAUAUCCAAAAUAAUUAAAGAUUAAAGCAAAAGAAUGUAUUA